GCGGUGCUCAGCAGCUGACCUGUGCCCGGUGCCAGCCUCUCUCUCCCGGCUCUGACCGGUCCACAGUCCGCGGCUCUGACAGCUCGUGCUGCACUUUGAUCGCUGACCGACCGGAACCGACCCGGGUUCCUCUGGGCAGCAUGUGGGGCAUUUGCAGGAGAACGAUGGUGAAGGUGGGGAUGCCGAAGCCCUGCUGCCUGAUGAAACCCUGUCACCUGGUGAAGCCCGUGUCGGUGACCCGGGUCUCCGGCCGGUACCUGACCCACCAGAGGGGCCUGCCCGGCCUGCCCGUCCCCCCCCUGCAGCAGACCUGCGAGCGCUACAUCAGCGCCCUGGAGCCCAUCGUGGAGGCCGAGGAGCUGAGGCACGCCAAGGAGCUGGUGGCCGAGUUCCAGAAGGCCGGGGGGGUCGGAGAGCGGCUCCAGAGGGGCCUGGAGGCGAGGGCCCGGUCCACGGAGAACUGGCUGUCAGAGUGGUGGGUGCAGGUUGCGUAUCUCGACUACCGGCUGCCCGUCGUGGUGCAUUCAAGUCCCGGGUUGGUGUUGCCCCGCAUGAACUUCAGCGAUAAGCAGGGGCAGAUAAGAUUUGCCGCCAAACUGAUAGCAGGAGUUUUAGACUUCAAGAUGAUGAUCGACAAUGAGACUCUGCCGGUGGAGCACAUGGGGGGGAAGCCUCUGUGUAUGAACCAGUACUACGAGGUGCUGUCGUCCUGCCGGGUCCCCGGUCUGAAGAGAGACUCCGUGGUGAACCACGCCAAGACCUCCAGCCCGCCUCGCCACAUCGCCGUGGUCCACAACCUCCAGUUCUAUGCGUUGGAGGUGUACCACAGCGACGGGAGGCCGCUGACGGCCGAUGAGUUCUGUGUCCAGCUGGAGAAGAUCUGCAGAUCCUCGCCGCACAGCGACGUGGAGCCCGUCGGCAUCCUCACCACGCAGCACCGCGACGCCUGGGGCCGCGCCUACGCCACCCUCACCCAGGAUGAGACCAACAGAGAGUCCGUGUCCGUCAUCCAGAGGAGCAUCUUCACGCUGUGCCUGGAUGGAGCGGCGCCUCCAGUGGCCGAUGAGGGAUACCGCAGCAGUGCUGCAGUCCAGAUGCUGCACGGAGGAGGGAGCAGGUGGAACAGCGCCAACCGCUGGUUUGACAAGACACUGCAGUUUAUUGUGGGAGUCGACGGGACGUGCGGCGCUAACUACGAGCACGCCCCGGCCGAGGGUCCGCCUAUCGUGGCCCUGAUCGACCACGUGGUGGAAUACACGAGGAAGCCGGAGACGACUCCCUCUCCCAUGAUGCCUUUGGCCACGCCCCAGAAACUGCUCUUCAACAUCACACCUGAGAUCAAGAAGGACAUUGAGAAGGCCCAGCACGCCAUGAACACACUGGCCCAAGACCUGGAGAUGAGGGUCAUGGUGUUUGGCCACUUUGGGAAAAAUGUCCCAAAGACCCACAAGAUGAGCCCUGAUGCCUUCAUACAGAUGGCGCUGCAGCUGGCCUACUACAGGAUGUACCAGCGCUGCUGUGCCACGUAUGAAAGCGCCUCCCAGCGAGCGUUCAGACUCGGCCGGACGGAAACCAUCCGCUCCGCCUCCAGCGCCUCGGCCGCCUUCGUCAAGGCCUUCGAUGACCCCGGCACGCAGAACACGGAGAAAGUUGAUCUCCUGGUGAAAGCUGUGAACGCUCACAGGUCCUACACGACCAUGGCGAUCAGUGGCCAGGCCAUAGACCGACAUCUCCUGGGCCUGAAGAUGGUGGCUGUGGAGGCUGAGCUCUUGAUACCCGACAUCUACACCGACUCCACCUACGCCAAAGCUUUACACUACAACUUAUCCACAAGUCAGGUGCCUUCCAAGACGGACUGCGUCAUGUGCUUCGGCCCCAUCGUGCCCGACGGGUACGGCGUGUGCUACAACCCGAUGGACGACCACAUCAACUUCGCCGUGUCGUCCUUCAACGCCUGUAAAGACACGGACGCGGCGCGUCUGGCCCGGUCCGUGGAGGAGGCCCUGCUGGACAUGAGGACCCUGCUGGACCAAUCACCAAGAGCCAAACUGUGAAGCUCCCUCCAGGCUCUUCCCGGAUGUAGGGAGCCCCGCCCCCUUUUGUGUGAUUGACUGAACCCCACACACACACACGUCUGAGCCAGUCUUCUCCCCGUGGUAGUGAUGGUUGUUGAAAUAUUAUACAUAAGAACAUUUCUCUAAUUUUUAAACUUAAAUCCAUUUCAUUUGAAACCUUCAAAAUAAAAGCACAGGAUUUUUGUUCUUCUUUUUUUUAAGAAAAGGUGAUCAUAUGACGUAGUGGGCCGGAUUCGGGCCGCGGGCCUUGUGUUUGACACCUGUGCUCUAGUGGAACAACGCUCACGCACAAGCUAUUAAUAACUUCUUCUUUAACCGACAGAAAUGUAAUUAACAGAAAUUGUGUCGAUUGAUAUUUGAUCAUUUUAUGAUGAAAUGUGUGCCUUCCCAUGCAGAGGUCAGAGGUUCUGAACUCAUUGUUUUGGGAGAAAUCUUUGAAACAGAAAUUCUGCAUUUUGACAUUUAGAAUAAAUCCAGAAUAUUUGGUACUCUU